AUGGAGGAUUUACGCGGGUUGCCGAACUUGGCCGAGAUUCUCGGGCUGUCCGUCGGAAAUAUGGAGUACGAAGCACCCACACUGAGCCCCGGCUCAUCAUCAAGCGAACAAAAGAAACGAAUCGGGAAAAAGAGAAAACACCGAGGAUCGUCGUCAGAAGGAGGCGAUGAUGGGGAAAAGGAUUCGGAUCAAGAAGGAAAAGAUGGGGAUAAGAUCGGGAAAAUUGGCAAAUUACCGAAAAAGGACAGCGAUCCGGAGUGGUCACUCGGGCGAGAGAACUUGGAGGGACGACAGCAGCGAUCGGCGAGGAAGCGAGGUCCCCAAUCAUACCGCGAGGCCGACAUGUUCAAGCAACAGAUCGCCCAGAUGACUCCGCCUCCUCCUCGACCUCGGAAUCGUCUCAACGUUGAAUCAAAGCUGGCCGGGUACCCUGGAGCCUCAAUUCGAGCACCAGCAUCCAAUCCACUUCAACAUCCACCAGCCACCUCGCUGAAAGCGAUCAUUCAACGAUUGGAGAAGCCGCAGGAACACGAAUUCCUUACCUCGCAUCCGAAUCUGAAAGCACUGAUACCGUGUCCGAUCAAUCGUUUAUCGAUUCCAUCAAGCGACAAGAGGAUUUUCAUCGCUGAGAUCGAGCUCAGGCCGGAGUUCCUCUCGUGUUCGGGCGGUUUCCGGCGUUUCAUCAAGAGUAUCACCGAUCAAACGUUGUUGCAACUGUUGGAGACCCUCAAAGUGAGCUGGGCGGUCGACGGCGCGGACGAUUACGCGAAAUUGGGCCAAGUGAUGCGAAUUAUUUGGAACAUGCAAAGCGACGCGACGCGGAUGCUUUGGGAGCUCGAGGCGCGAGAGGAUUGCCGAUUGGCGAACAAGAUCGAGCUGCCGAGAAAAGCAAUUGUCAAGGAGAUCGGGGAGAACAUUGACGAAAAAGGAGAAGAACAUCCGAUGGAAAUCGACGGGGAGAAUGGAGAGUGCAAGGAGAAUUUGGGGGAACUAGGGAAAGGGAGUACAAGGGCCACCACCGAGGAGCUGACCGAGGAGGGAGAAUCCUUGAUGACAAAAAUGCCCGCUGCCGAGCAGCCUUUGAUCGCAAACGGGCAACCCGGGAAUCAUCCCGAUCGAAUGACCCUGCGGUGUCCGACGUGCAAAGAGGCGUCGUCUGACAUGCACACCUUUGGAGAGCUCAUAAACCACUACCUCUCUCAUCACUUCCUCGGCAUUCACUAUGGUUGCCAUUUGUGUGGACAAGUUUUUCAAUCGAUGACCGCGCUGAAUGCGCAUGGAUGUGAGCAAUUCAAUCAGUAUUUGCUGGAAUUGCUGCUUGUGCCUGGAAACAAAACGAAUACGCUAGAGAUGAAGUACUCCUUUUUCUUCUUAUCCUGUUCCGAUUGUGGUCUUCUCUUUCCGAUCAGCUCCAAAUUCGACACAAAUGGGCAGGUGUCCACUUUCUAUGCGCAAUGGUUUUUGUUGCUGAAACUCUUGUCUCUUCACAAUUGCGAGAAUUUGGUGCCACUCGUUGUUUAUAUGAACAAAGUGCCGGAUGAGUCGAUUAGUGAGUUGACGCUGAAAGUGACCCCAACGAUGUGCUUACGGGAUUUCCCUUUGAGUUGCGAUGAAUGCAAAAUUGAGAACUUUGGAUCACCACAAGAAUGCGAGGAUCAUUUCAGAGAUUUCCACCCGAAACGAGACUACGUGUGCAACGAGUGCGGCGAGGCUUUUGGCACACGGCCAUUCCAAACUUCCCAUUGUCUUGCCCAUCUCUCACCAACGUUUCUCCUUGCCGAUUAUCUUUCAACGCAAUGCCGUUUUUAUCCGCCAGCCGGUGAUGAAAGCUCUCCAUUGAGGCUUGAGAAAACUUCAUUCACCCCACUCGGUGGCACUGGGAAACUGCUGAGCGGAUGUGUAGAAGAGUACGCGAAACCCUUUGACAAUCACUUGUUCACAAAAUUGAGACAAACGACGUUGAUGAAGAAGGUCUAUUUGGAGGAGAAACGGAGAAAGAAAAAUGAAGGCGAUGACGAUCCAGAUUACGAGGACACUCUGCACGACGAUGACUCAAAAAUUCAGCUUCCCGAUCUCGGUUUGGAUCACAUUACGUUGGAAAUUGGGGAAGUGCUUGGAGAAAAGGAAAAGAAUGGAUUGGCCGAAUAUUUCAAAGAGAACGAGGACGCAAAAUCGCUGCUCAGCUGUCCAAAGACGUGGCUUUUCGACGAAGAACAUGUGCUGGAAAAGUUGAAAAUCGAUUCGGAGACCUAUAGGAAAGGAAAUAAGGUGAAGUUCUCAAUUCAAUGCGAGAACUCGUACGCAAGUGCCUGGAUGGGGCAGUUCUCGACAAAUAUUGCGCUGCCGAUUCGACGAGAGCUCGGCCAUUUGGAUUUCUCUGCGCUUUUCGAUUCCCUACCGGAAGAGGAGAGGGUCUAUCUUUGCCAUUGCGGCGUGAUUUGUCGUGGCACCUCGGCGGCCGAGCACGCGUUGACCUGUUUCAUCACCGAAUCAUCUGGAGAUGUGAAUUUGGAUAUGAGUGAUCAGAUAACUUGUCUUUAUCUACCUGAUUGGCCUAGCGACGUGCGGAUUCAUUGCUUUGAGAAAGGCUGCAAGACUUCAACGUGCAGCGUCUUGGCCCUGCAGGCUCAUCUGCUAAGCGAACACUCGAAAUUUCAUCCGAUUCAAGGCGCAAAAACGAAUAAUGUUUCCUUCUCGAAACGGAUCCACAAGAAGGAUUAUCAAACGAGAUUGGCUCGGGAAUCCGACGCGGCACUGGGGAUGAAAGCCGAUGGAUUCUUGGUGAAAAAGAAUGCCUUUUUUCCCGUUCACCGUUCGAUAUUGGCCGGUUAUCAGGCUCAGGCCCAGACACAAUCACAGAGCUACCAUCGACCAACUCCCGGGAACAAGGGUGAACCAAAUCUCGAAGUUCUUCCCUUCCGGGUGACGGGCAUCGGCAAGAGCAUCUACGAGUGCAAUUUAUGCCGCUUCCGCACGGAUAAUUUCAAAUUCUGCGCCCUGCACCUGAUCAAUAACCACGCCGAUCCAUGCAACGCUUGCGGCUCGGUCUUCAUGCAAAAAGUCAACCGAGAGAUCCAUCAGCUGCAGAAUUGCUCUCGACCGACGCAAAAUCCAAACAAACUGAACCCUCGAGUAAGCUGUCCGGUUUGCGGUUUCAACGAUCGAAUCCGUUACGUCGUUCACCACAUGAUCCAGACGCAUUACCCGAUGAUUCGCUAUCAUCGACUCGAUGGAACGAUGUACCCUGCAAUCAAGGAGAUUUUCUUUAAUGAGGUUGAGUCCGCGAAACGGCCACAGGUGGUCGAAUUGGACGACGAUGAGAUAAGCAGUGUCGAGAGUGGCGCUUUAAACGGGGUGCCCGAGGGGGUAAAUGGGAAUGCUGACGAUUUGCUCUAUUUCGACAAUCCGAGAACACAAUUCAAGUGUUUCAUGUGCGAUAUGUGUUUUGGAAACAAGGAACAGUUGGAGGCGCAUUACAAGGCCCAUCCCGAACAGUGGACGAAUUGUCCGAUCUGCGCAAAAGGCGGGGUCCAAGUGGAGAUCGAGUCGCACGAGGCGAUGAGGAAACACAUCGACGCUGUCCAUCUCAAGGUCACCGACGGGAAAAAGUACUGCACCUACUGCUCGCGAUGUCUCGAGAAACGCGUGUACAGUCAUGUCAUCUAUGAAUGCACGGCGAUCAAGGCAUGCAUGAUUUGUGGGACUGACAAGUUCGACUCGAUCGCCCGUCACCGUACCACGACGCAUGGCAAUGGCAUUAUGUCCCGUUUCGAGUGCAAUCUCUGUCAUAUCAAAACGUUCUCAUGUGACUACGUAAAAGAACAUUCCUGUAUGUCUACCUUUUUGCCGCAUCGGUGCAAUUGUGGAAAUGGAGAGGUUUACAUCGAUCGAAGCGCUUUCGAAGCCCAUUUCCGGAAACACAUUCAAAGCACGAAGAAUGAGUCAAAAUGCCUUCUUUGCACGGCGAUCAUCCCGCCAAGCAAGAACUUGUUCGUGCAUGGCCAACAACAUAUGAUCAUUCAAAAGGACACGUCGGGCCGUCGGACGAUCGUUUUGGACAAAAAUCUGGUGAUUGAUGAGGAGAAGCUGGAGGAGAAGCGGCAAAAAGAGGACGCAAAAGUCGUCAAAGAGAUCGUUCGAGCGAUGGUUCGGGAAAUCGUUGAAGAAAGAGGCGAAGAAUGGGAAGAUGGGGAAAGCUCGCCGGAAGACGAUGAUUGUCUGAUAAUUGAUCCCCAGUCGUCGACAGGAGGAGCUCAACUGCAGUUGCCUCGGGAAGAGGGGGACACGGGACUUCCCCAAAGUGUGACAAUGAGCGGGUAUUUUGAAGACGAUGAGACAAAUGAGCUGGGUGACGAAUUCUCGUGUGUGUCGGCCGUCCAACCAACAAUCAAAGAGAUCACCGUCGAGGAUGAAGAUGACGAGCUGGCGGUGAUCGCUCAAGUUGAAUAUCCGGCUGGAACACUACCUUCAACAGUUGCCUCGGGAUCGCGAACGAGGCGGAACAAUUGCCCGAAGUGUUCGGCCAAAUUCAUCACCGAGAAAUCGUUAAAGUACCACCUCGACACCGCGCACAAAUUCGAUGCUGGGGGAACGAUUAUGGAGGACCUGGGCAUCCCCGAGCACACCUCUGUCUUCAUUUGUCGCCCGUGUUGCGUGGCGUUCAAGGCGCCCGCUCAGCUGCAAACCCAUCAAAAGCAACACGUCGGAUCGAAUCAGUUAAAUUGUGAUCGCUGCUCGAUGGUUGCCUACAACGCUCAACUCUUGGAUAUUCACAUGAAAUCGCAUAAUGAUGGCCGACUCACCUUCUCAUGUCAUCGAUGCCAUUUCGCGUACAAAACUGAUUCCGAGCUCUACGGCCAUUUGGAAGAAAAGCACCAAGUGCCACUGAUCUAUUUCUGUAAGACGUGCAAUUUGGGCUCAACGAAUGGACUGUUGAUCGCCGAACACGUGACCUCGAGGAUGUGCGCACCGAAAUACCAAGGGAAGAACAUCGAGGCGAACUUCGGGAUCGCUCCCGCAUCGAUUUUCCACUACAAUCCGCCGGAUCUCGAUCGAUACAAGCAGCUGGUUGCACAGAAGGCGAUCAAGGCAAUCGACCCCUCACUUUGCAAUCACCGCACUUUCGUGGCUCCAUCGCAAACGGUGGUCGCUUGUUUGGAGUGUCACUGCUUGAUGAAUAUUGCCAGCUUUUUGGCCCAUAAAGAAGCGACCGGUAGUGGCGCGGAGGAUAUCCAAUACGCUCUCGUCAAUCACCCUCACGUUCUUUCACCACAACGAAAGAUGAUCAAUCUCGUGAAUCGGAUGGGCACAGGGAAAUGGGCGAAUGGGACUGGGAAUAGAACGAUGCCACAAGUUCAGCCAGUGGUCCAACAGCCACGUCCACAAGUGGUUCAACAGCCACGUCCACAAGUGGUUCAACAGCCACGUCCGCAAGUGUCCAACUUCCCACCGCAAGCUUACAACUUUACCGGAUUGUGGACAAAACUUGGGCCACCACCCAGCAGACAGACUGCAGCUCGAACACCGUACCAGCCUCUCCACUCGGCAACCCGGCGAGCACCCUCGGCCACCGCUCAGAUCUCGACGAAACCGAUCAACACACCAGAGUUGAACCUGGCAACUGUGCUUGGCGACAUGCUGAAGAACAACGGGAGUACGGCUCAACAGUCGAGAACCACUUUUUCGGCAUCAACCCGCUUUCAACCACCCCGUGUGCAACUAUCAAGAGCACAGCCAACGAGGAAACCACAAGAAGUCGUGCUGAGUGAUGAUGAGGAAACCAGUACUCCACAGAGUUCGAAUGGCUCAUCUCACUCGACGAACAAAAUUGGCGCUCCGUGCCACAUUUGCCACAAGUCGAUCAACAACAAGGACCUGCUACAAUUGCACGAAUUGCACACGAACGGGCACAAUUACUUCUGUCUGGAUUGCCCGAUCAGCUUGCCGGAUGAACAAGCCGCCAUCGAGCACUACUUCACUGUCCAUGUCAAGAAGACGCCCGCUAGGGAAAAACCACUCGUGUUCGAUUUGAAAUGCCCGUUCCAUGGAUGCGAAUUCAAGACGGAGACGCUCGUCACGUUGAGGCAACACUUGGACACGCACAAUUUGCCCGUCAAAAGCCAGCAUUGCUCGACAAGUUUCUCAACGGAAGGUCAUCGGAAAGCGCACGACAGAGAGCAUGAAAAGUUGGAAGAAGCCGGCAUCGAGGGGAAUUGUUGCUUGUUGUGCGGCACGUUGGAUGUUUGGACGAAGAGACUACCCGAUUUCCCGAUGCCCAUUUCGCACAUGGCAAUUCAUGGGCUGAGAAAGUUCGUCAUGUGCCGCGAUUGUAACGUUUGCUUCAAACACGAUGCUCAGGGCAAGAAACUCGUGCAACAUUUCCAAACGAUUCACACCAAAGAGUUGUCCCGUGGAUCGGACCAAGUCCAAUGCAAACUGUGCCAAACACUGUUUCCCAUAAACGAUUUGGCCAAGCACGCGAGAGAAAAGCAUUAUGUCCAUGGUUUCAAGAAGCGUUCCCGUGCCAAAGAAGGACAAUUAAUCGUCACUGCUGGGGCUUCACUGCGUGUCUAUUUGGGUCUCCAGCCGGUUUAUCAUCCCGAUGAUAAAAGUGAUAUUGAU